AUGGAUCAUCAAGGGCAUGGCCAGAACCCAUCUAUGGGGGUUGUUGGUAGUGGAGGUCAAUUAACAUAUGGUUCUAACCCAUAUCAGCAAGGCCAAAUAACUGGGCCACCUGGGUCAGUUGUGACAUCAGUUGGGGCCAUUCCAUCCACUGGUCAACCUGCUGGAGCGCAGCUUGGACAGCAUCAACUUGCUUAUCAGCAUAUUCAUCAGCAACAACAGCAUCAGCUUCAGCAACAACUCCAACAAUUUUGGUCAAAUCAGUACCAAGAAAUUGAGAAGGUUACUGAUUUCAAGAACCACAGUCUUCCCCUGGCAAGGAUCAAGAAGAUUAUGAAGGCUGACGAGGAUGUUAGAAUGAUAUCAGCUGAGGCACCAGUCAUAUUUGCAAGGGCAUGUGAAAUGUUCAUAUUAGAGUUAACCCUGCGCUCUUGGAAUCACACUGAAGAGAAUAAAAGGCGAACACUUCAAAAAAAUGAUAUUGCUGCAGCAAUCACAAGAACUGACAUCUUUGAUUUCUUGGUAGACAUAGUACCCCGUGAGGACUUGAAAGAUGAAGUGCUUGCAUCAAUCCCUAGAGGAACAAUGCCCGUUGGAGGUCCCGCUGAUGCACUUCCAUACUGCUACAUGCCGCCUCAGCACGCCCCUCAAGUUGGAACUACUGGUGUCAUAAUGGGUAAGCCUGUGAUGGACCCAAACAUGUAUGCUCAACAGUCUCACCCCUACAUGGCACCACAAAUGUGGCCCCAGCCUCCAGACCAACAUUCGCAGUUCUUUUGGUCUCAUAUUGGCUACAUUUCCUGGCUUGCAGAUAACCAGGCACCAGAAUCAGUUGUGAAUGUCAAACUGAAUGAUUGGGGAAGUCCAUAG